CCACGCACCAAGCAAAACAAAAAUUGUAAACAAUUCACGAAUUUCGCGCAAAUUUAGCUUAAAAACAAGAAGAUAAUAUAAAAAUGUUGGCCCUGCCUGAUCCUGCUGCUGGAGCCAUACCGGACAAGGCGUGGCAGCCACAUUUUGUGACCCUGGAAACGAGCAUGGGCGAAGUCACUGUGGAACUGUACUGGAAGCAUGCCCCCAACACGUGCCGCAACUUUGCGGAGCUCUCACGGCGGGGAUACUACAACAAUGUGGUUUUUCAUCGCAUCAUUCGAGAUUUCAUGAUCCAAGGCGGCGAUCCCACGGGUACUGGACGCGGCGGCACCUCCAUCUAUGGCGCAGAGUUCGGGGAUGAGCUGCAUGGCGAUCUCAAGCACACGGGCGCCGGCAUUCUGUCCAUGGCAAACAGCGGCCCGGACACAAAUGGCUCACAAUUUUUCAUCACUUUAGCGCCCACCCAAUGGCUGGACGGAAAACACACGAUCUUUGGUCGGGUGUACACGGGCAUGGAGGUGGUGAAGCGCAUAGGCAUGGUGGAGACGGACAAGAACGACAAGCCAGUGGAUCCACUGCGGAUAGUCAAGGCCAAGGUGGAGAAGCUUUGAAGGAAGCCGCAGGAGGAAGAUUUUGUAAUUUGU